GGAGCGCGGGCGCCAGUUGCCUCCUUUUAAAGUUUGAGGGGCGGUGGCGGCGGCGGCCGGCAGGCGCGGGGGAACGCAGGGUCCUCAACAGGAGCGGCGCCGCCGCCCCUGUCAUUCCACUUCAAGUGACUUCAUGUGAUGUCAGCUGAAUGUAAAAGACAGUGAUCUCACGCGGAGGGGAAGAUGUUUGCCAUCAAAAUGUGACAGAAGAGACACGCUGCAUGGCUCGGAACGCAUCUCCUUGGCGGUGGGGGAAAGAGACUUAGAGGAGAGAGGCUGUGCCCUGGCCCAGCCCGGCUCGGCUUGGCACGCCAUGGCCAGCUCAGCUUCCCUGGAGACCAUGGUGCCCCCGGCCUGCCCGCGCGCUGGAACAUCACCAGCCACUUCCAAGACACUGGCCUUCUCCAUCGAGCGCAUCAUGGCCAAGACGUCGGAGCCGCGAGCGCCCUUUGAGCCCCGGCCUGCGGCGCUAGAUUCGGACAGCAGCCAGAGCAAGAAACUCCUCAACCUCUGCUCGCCGCUGCCCUGCAUGAUCCCUCUCCAGCCCCUGGGCUAUGAGGUGCCGUCCAAGACACUGCUCAGUUACUCAGAGUUCUGGAAAAGCAGCCUCCGGGCGGGCGGCAGUGCAGGAGGAGGAGGAGGCGGCGGCGGCGGGGGGGGCCCAGUGUGCGGCGCCAGCGGCUUGUGCAAAACCAACUGUGGCGUGUGCUGCAAGGCCGAGCUGGGCCUUGCGCCGUCAGCGCUGCCCGCCGGCAGGGUCAUCAAGCCGCAGGUCAUCAACCAGGCGGUGGGGCUGCCGGCCAGCGGCUCUCUCUACUACUUCAACUACCUGGACUCCGCUGCCUACCCUCCUUCGGAGCUCCUCGGCGGCCACCUUUUCCCAUCUGGCCUCCUCAAUGCGCAGGCUCCCACAUCCCUGGCUGCGCACCCCAAGCUCUUUCUGCUGGAGAACGCCAAGCUGGCUGGCCUGGCUACGGACAAGUUCCCCCAUCCAGCUCCCUACCCCCAUAAGGAGCGCUUACCUGCGCAGCUGGAGCAGGUGCUGAAGGAGAACUCGGCCUUGACCGUUGAUCGUGGGGGCGUCAAGAGCCACAGCAAGCUACCUGGGGGUUCCGCGGAUGGCAAACCUAAAAACUUCACCUGCGAAGUGUGCGGCAAGGUGUUUAACGCUCACUAUAACCUCACCCGUCACAUGCCGGUCCACACCGGAGCCAGACCGUUCGUGUGCAAAGUCUGUGGCAAAGGCUUUCGCCAGGCCAGCACUCUCUGCAGACACAAAAUUAUCCACACCCAGGAAAAACCCCAUAAGUGUAACCAGUGUGGCAAAGCCUUCAAUCGCAGCUCCACGCUCAACACGCACAUCCGCAUCCACGCGGGCUACAAACCCUUCGUCUGCGAAUUUUGCGGCAAAGGCUUCCACCAAAAAGGGAAUUACAAGAACCACAAGCUGACCCACAGCGGCGAGAAGCAGUAUAAAUGUACCAUCUGCAACAAGGCCUUCCAUCAAGUCUACAAUCUGACCUUCCACAUGCACACCCACAACGACAAGAAACCUUUCACGUGCGCCACUUGCGGCAAAGGUUUUUGCAGAAACUUUGACUUAAAGAAACACGUGCGCAAACUCCACGACAGCGUGGGCCCCGCCGCCCCGUCCACAAAGGACCUGACCAGGACAGCGCAGAGCUGAGAGCUACUGCCUUGCCCCUCCCUUCUGCCCUGUACCAAUCCAAACAGAUCACACGUAUAAACUUAUUUCUAAAAUUAAAAGAAAAAUAAACUAUAGCAGAGAGGCUAAAAUCUAUUUAUCGAAACCAGCAUAUUUUUUGGAAAGUUAAACGUUUCCUCGAUGACUGGCAGCAAACGCGUGGCACCUUUGUAUAUUCAGGAAACUUACUUAAAUCCAGUGCGCUGAAACAUAUUUAAUUCCAGGCCUCGGCUUCUCUUCGGGCAGCCGGUUUUUAACCCCAGCCUGUCAUCGCGAGCGUCCGGAAGAGCGGGACGCCCCCAGCCAUCUUUAUACAACCAUGUAAUCUCUCCUGUACAAGCGAACACGGAAUAUAUAUAUAUAUA